AUGGGACGUAAAAGAAAAUCAGCUAGAGAUAAAAGGCUGGAUAAUUUCCGGUCAAAUAGAUCAAAAUAUCUGGAUUCUGUUGAAAGUAAGAAAUUAGAACGAAUCAAAGAGAAGCAAAUUACGGGUCAUAAAGUUGAUGAUGAUAAAGUUAAAAGAAGAAAAGUUUCGAAUUCUUAUGAUGAGCAAAUUGAUCAAAAAUUCUAUGAUACGUCUUCACAAAAAUUUGAUAAAGACUUCCUCAUGUAUCAAUUUGUAUCAGAUAAUAGGGAAAAACUAAUGCAGAAUAUUGAACCAGAAAUGAUUAAAUCCUCAAUCGAUAUAGAUCUAAGAAAUUUUUACAAAGGUUUUGAUGAAGAAACUAUUGAAAAUAUUAAAAUAAAUUUCUGUGGGUUCAUUAAGUAUAUUUUAACAGAUUGUAUCGCAUCAGGAUUAUACCGUGGGGAGUUUAAAAUUGAUAUUAUACAUUUUGUUAAACUUGUUUUCAUUAUUAAAAGUGAUAAAUUAAUCGAAUUUCAUGACGAUAACUUGAAAAAUGUUGAUACAAAUGAGUCUAAUUUCAUUAGAAGUUUCAAAGAUAUGAUACCAAAACAAAAUUCAUGUACAAAAUUUAAUGAUGAAAUUUUGAGAGAAAAAUUUAUUAAAUGUGAAAAUGAAUUACUUGAUAAGUUGAAAAACAAACUUGAUGAAUUGGAUAGAGAUGUAUUACGAAUGAAAUUGUCUUCUAUUAUAUAUCGUAUAUCCUCUACAAUGGAUGAAGUUACUGAAUUUAAUGAUUGUAAUGACGUUUCAAAUAAACCAAUUACAAGAAUUGAUGCUAUUGCACACGAAAGAAAUAUUCAGAAAUUAUUCGUGGACUCAAUGUUAUACCCUUUAAUGAGAAUAUGUGAUUUUGCUUAUGGAAAUGGUGAAUAUAGAUACGCUUAUAAUGGAAUAGUUAAAUAUGAAAUACCUAAUGAAUUCAAGUCUCAAAAUCAUAAUUUAAUACAGUUAAUUGGUCAAAUGAUAUCUCCAAAUAUUACUGUUCAAAUUAACAAUUCAUCAGAAUCAAUUAAAUCAUACCCAAUUGAAAUCAAGUUACCUGGUAGUAUUAAAAAUUUAAUUGAAGAGAUUGAUAAAUCUGAAAUGUCCAUUCAAAAUCAAAAGAUUUAUAAUGAAGCUAUUUUACAAAUGAUCUUAUGUAAUGUGAAUUUUUGCUUUAUUGCUGAUCAUAAUCAAACAAUCAUGUUACAUUAUGAAAAAAAUGGUUAUAAAAACAUAAAAAAUAUAAAACAGAACAAUGAUGUCAUGGUUGGAAUACCAUUUCGGUAUCUUGUUUUAGAUAAUACAUUUGAAUCUAUAAUUAAUUGUUCAGGGGAUUUGAAAUUUAAGGAUAAGUUCUCAUUUCAAAUGAUUAUGUUAAUUAUUUCUAGAAAUCUUUUCAUAAAUUCAGGUGAUGUUAAAGAACUUUUACCUAAAGUAUCUAAAACCCCAAAACAAGUUCAAAAGAUUAAGAUGGAUUUAUUUGAAGAAAUUAUGAGUAAUGAGUUUAAAGAUGAUCACUUAUCAGAUUCAGAUCCAGUUGCAGGCUCUUCCUCUCAGUUGAGAGGUUUACCUGCUUCACCAGAUGUUACUUCAGCUGAUCCUUUAGUUAAUGAUUUCAAAAUUUUCCAUUGUUUAUUUGAACUACCUUAUGUAAAAGUUUUAUCAACUCCAAAAUAUGGUGGUGAUGAUGCUGCCAAUCCAUCUGUUAUAUUAUUAUGUAAAAAAGCUGAAAUUGAAAAACUAGAUAUAUUAACUAAUAAAGAAUCAAAUGAUGAAUUUGUUGUUUUGAAAAUUUAUGAUAUUGGAUGGUCACAGAUUUAUUUUGAUAAAAAAUUUGAUUGGAAAUAUAAUUAUGAAGAACUAGAUUUUAAACAAUAUUAUCAGAAAUAUAUUUAUAAUGGAUUAUUUUGGAAUGAAUUGAAGAUAAUGAAUCGUAUUCAAGAUCAUAAUGAUUCAGUGACUAAUAAUAACAAAAAAAUAAACGUACCAAGUUUGUUAAGUUUUGGGAUGUUAUCAAGUUAUGGAUAUAAUGGGCCAUUUAUCAUAGAGAGCUAUGUUGAUUGUAUCCAAAACAAACCAUCAAAAAAGGAACAUUUCAAACAAGGCUUGAAAGAAUUCAAUAAAUUGCGAAAGAUUGGGAUUGACCAUAAUGAUAUAGCACAAAGAAAUGUUGGAUUUGAUGAAACAGACAAGAAAUUUUGGAUUAUUGAUUUUGAUCAGGGUAAAAUGUUACCUGAAGGGGAAAAGUAUGCUCCCAUGAAUUAUAGCUCGUUGAAAGCGGAACUCGAAUGUGAAUAUUUAUAG